AUGGUUCAGAAUUAUGAUUGCUACAAUGCUCACAAUUUGGUAACUCGGCCAGAAAGUGGUUCGUGUAUUGAUCACAUAUUCAGUAAUGUAUCUGAGAAGUUGUUUGUUGACUCGAUAGAGUGUGAUCUAACCGACCAUAAUUUACUGUCUUGUAAAUACGUUACUAAGAAGGUAGAGAAAGAAAAUUUGGUGACUUUGAGAAAGUUUUGUGACUACAGAAAGGCUAAGGAAAUUUUAAAGGAGACGCUUCCAGAGAACUAUGACGACUUGAAUGUUUCUGAGUUGGCAGAUGAACUAAUGGCUUGUAUGGGGGCUGCAAUGGAUCAGUCCACAACAGUGAAGGAAAGUGUAACAAUGCUGCAAUUCGAUAUGGCACCCUGGAUUAAUAAAAACCUUCAGAGGCUAAUUUUGUUAAAACGUAAAUUGUUGGAAAGACGCAGAAAGGUGAAGCGUAGGGAAAAUAGUGUUAAUGAGGCUUUAAGACGGAUAGGCCGAAUCAUAAAAAUAGCGAGUAAAGUAUCUAGGGAGAAUUAUUAUGCAGAAAAUUUGAAGGAAUUAGGCAGUGAUACAAGAAAAUGUUGGAGUUUUAUAAAUAAAUCACUUUCGAGGUUCAAAAAGACUGAAAUAAGUUUGAAAAAUCUUGAAGGGAAUGUAAUAGUUGAUGAUAAUGAUAUAGCUAAUUGUUUGAAUAAUUAUUUUACAAAUAUUGCUGCAGAGCUAAGGAGGCAAAUAUGUAUAAAUCCUGACGAUACAGUUAAUGCACUUCGGACUCUUUGUAGGUCGAAUUCUGAUUUUCAAAUUAGUAGUAUCAGUCAGAGUGAUGUGCUAUCUAUAAUAGCAGGAAUGGAAGGUAAUAAGAGUCCGGGAUAUGAUAACAUAUCAGCAAAGUUUGUAAAGGAAUGUGCACAGGAAUUGGCUCCAACUUUCGUUCACCUUUUUAAUAAGAUGGUUUCUUCAUCCAUUUACCCAAAUUGUUUAAAAAUUCACAAGGUAGUGCCUAUACCGAAGAAAAGUAAUGCUAGCUCCAUUGAUGACUAUCGUCCAGUUGCUGUUUUGUCGAUUGUAGAUAAAAUAAUAGAGAAAGUUUUGUUUCAUAAGCUGUCGGACUAUUUUGAAGGAAAUAAUUUACUCUACGACUUACAAUUUGGAUUUAGGAAGGGUUGUAGUACAGUUGAUGCGGUGGUAAAUGUUACUCAGUACAUUUGUUCUGGACUUGAUAAUGGUUUCAAUGGAGUGGCUGCUAUAUUUUUUGAUCUUACCAAGGCUUUUGAUCUAGUUGAUCACGAUAUUUUAAUUCAGAAAUUAAAAUAUUAUGGGUCUCAUUUGAAUUACAUGGCAGUUACAUAUGCGUACAACAAGCACAAUAGUUCUUUAAAAUCUCUGCAAUGCAUGCAGAAUAAGGCCUUGAAAAUUAUUUACAAUUUGCCACUAAGAUACCCCACUGUGUCACUGUUUAAUGAUUAUGCGACAACAAAAACUCUUCAAGCCACAGAGGCACUACACGAUUGUGACGUCUAUAAAACUGAGCUAAGAAAAUACAAGGGUGAGCUGAAAAAUGCUCAGAACAAAUCCAAUGUGGAAUCCUGCAGCUCCGUGGAGGCCUCUUUGCCAAGGAAGACCCUACCCACGAAACCUAUUACGAUAGAAUACAUUCAGAAAUCGGAGAAUAUAUCAAUUGUGAUGUCUAGUGAGGGAACACUAGAACUACUCGUUGACACACAUUUCCUGAGAGCUCUCCAACAGACAACGUGGCGCCAGAAGAGGUUAGCUUUGAUACGCAUACGUCGAAGAUUGUUGGCUGUGUCUGAGUCGCUAAUCCUUUGGGAGACAAAUAGUUAUGACUCCUUCAAAUGGCCAAGCCCUGAUGAUAUAUCACCGGUUGAAUAA